UGUAAUGUAAACAAAAACAGAUUGUUCAUCGAAGUAUUAAAAAAAAUAGUGAUGAGCUGCUCUGUGUUGGUGGAGGCUACGAGCUCUUCAAAUAUAGAAGACGAUCUCUAUACGUUCAAAGAAGAACCUCUUUCUCCAGAGUCGGAGAAUUUGACAGUCGGCAGGUACGCCGCCGACAGCGCCAGCGCGGGCAGCGGGAAGGCGGCAGCGCCGUGCAAGGUGUGCGGCGACAAGGCCUCGGGCUACCACUACGGCGUCACCUCCUGCGAGGGCUGCAAGGGUUUCUUCAGACGGAGUAUUCAAAAGCAAAUAGAAUACCGGUGCCUGCGGGAGGGCAAGUGCCUGGUGAUCCGGCUUAACCGCAACCGCUGCCAGUACUGCCGCUUCAAGAAGUGCAUAGCCGUCGGCAUGAGCCGAGACUCUGUGAGGUACGGCAGAGUACCGAAAAGGCCCAGGGAAGUAGUAAGCACCGAUAGCAUGCCCGACCUGAGCAGAAAUCUGCCCGCGUUGGGGGUCGUUCCCAUCGCGGGCCUAGAGGAGAUGGACGGGGACUGCCUGCGGCACGGCGUGGCUAAGGAGCUAGCCAAGAUGGUGACGGCCGCUCACCGCACCAACAACUCCUACACCGAGGAACUGCGCCGCUCGCUCACGCCACGGCCCAUCUUGCUACACCUCCACGACUCCGACGACAACGAAGGCAAUGGCGGCGAGGAGGCGGCGUCGUCGACGACGGACCGCGCGACGGACGCGCGCGCCGCGCUCUGGCAGCACGUGGCGCUGCGCAUGACGCCCGCCGUGCAGCAGGUCGUCGAGUUCGCCAAGCGGCUGCCCGGCUUCCAUACGCUGCCACAGGACGACCAGCUCAUCCUAAUCAAGCUGGGGUUCUUCGAGGUGUGGCUGUCGAGGGUGACCCGGUUGUCGACCCCAGAUUGUAUCGUGUUCGAUGACGGCACUACCAUUACUCAGAGCCAACUGGAUAUAGUAUAUGACGUGUCGUUCUCGAGGGGGGCGCUGCGCUACGUGCGCGACGUGUCGGCGGUGCAGCUGACGGAGGAGGAGUUGGCGCUGUUCACGGGCGCGCUGCUGCUCAACCCCGCGCGCGCCGGCCUCAACGAGCCAGAGCGCGUCAGCGCGCUGCACCGCGCGCUCGCUGACGCCCUACACAACACCGUGACGGGAUCGGUCGGGGGCAGCGCACGAGCCGAGGCGCUGGGCGCGGCCACGCGCGAUGUGCAGGCGCUAGGGCUGCGCCACCACGAGCUGCUGGCGUGGUGCCGCGUGCACUGGCCGCGCCUCGUGCUGCCCGCGCUCUUCUCCGAGAUCUUCGACAUCCCCAAGAGUGAGGACGACGAGGCAGGCGACGCCGAACGCGCCGAGGCCACUGCGCCCGCCGCCGCCGCCGCCGCCGCCGCCUCCGCCUCGCCGCCCGCCGGACAAGGCACCGCCUCGGCCACGCAAUUGCAGGGUUGAACAUCGAUCACCAUCUGAAUGAGCCACUUCACAUUACGAGUAUAAUUAUUAGCAUUUAAGGGAGCGUAGGUGUGUUAAUAUUUAAAAUUAGGUAGGUACUCGUGUGUUACCUACUUUUAUUUUCUUUCAGUCCCCUCACAACGUGUGUAAUAGUAUUUGUAACACACUACAAUCAGUAUUAUUAUCAAACUACAUUUAAAGGUACUAAUAAAAAACCGGACCAGUGCGAGUCGGACUUGUCCACCGAGUUCCGUACAAAUUUAACUUAUUUUAAUUUUUUACAAAUUCUUGGUUUUGAGAUUUUUCCCUGUACUUUUAGUGUAUGACGAUAUUACUUGCCAAAUUUCAUACUUCUAGGUCAACGGAAAGUACCCUAUAAAUUUUGAUUCCGUUGAGUGUCGAAAUAUACGUUUUUUGCGGCAUAAACGGAAGUAUCUUUUUUUUACGUUCCAUAGACCUGAGCAUGUCUUAAUUUCAACUCAAUAUCUUCACGCGUUCCCGAGAUAAAGAGUCUUGACAGACAGACGGACGGACAGACGGACAACAUGACGGAUGUACAGUCGAGUUCAUAAAUAUGUACACAGUUCUUCACCUUAAUCCAUUGCAAUAAGGUGAAAAAAUUUACACAUAUUUAUGAACUCGACUGUACUAUGUAAGAAUAAAAUUGUGAGUGCUUUGAGACUAGAAAAUUUAAGAAAAAAGUUAUACUUUUAAAUUAUUAUUAUUUAAAAAUAUGAUACUUUUAUAUGUACCUACUUCACCUAUCCUUCCUUCCUAUCCUUAUGGCAAAGCUUAUGUAACGUAAGCUCUGAUUAGUGCUGAAAUCAUUUUAAACCUCACAAACCUUUGGUCACAAAUAUGUCAAUGACUAAUUGUUUUUUUACCGAAAGUUAUAAGGUAGAGCAUGCCACAGCCACAACACGCACCAACACCAACCGUGUGUUACAUUGGAAAAUUCAUUCAAUUAUACAGGGUCAUUGUUGACCAGUGAGCCAUAUGAAGGUACUUUUUUGACAUUUUUAUCCACCAUAAACAAAAAAUAUGGUCACUGUCACGUCACUGUACUCGUUUGUUUCGAUUCGUGCAAUACUAAUGGCAAGCACAAUGCACUAGGAAGUAUGAAAGGGAUGGUACAAUCUUAUAGCCAAUCAGGGCAUCGCAAACGACUGAAUGACGGCAAAUUACGACGUACUUUAAUGUAAGUCCAAUGGGGUUGGCGACUGUCAAAGGUUUGCAGAGAUGGCGCCAUCAUAGCUUGCCACUUUUUCUAUGAGAUUUGGCUUAAAGGGCUGGCAUCCAGAGCAUUAAAAAAACAAAAAUUUGACACAAUUCUAGGGACUGACAGGGCAAGCUAUGCUGGCGCCAUCUGCUAAUUAUUUCGACCGGCCAACCCCAUUGUUCAUCAAGCGCAUCUAAGGUACACCAGUACAGUACGAGAGCGCACUCCUUAAGUAGGUAUGCAACGGGUACUACAGUACCUAAAGGGGCCCACUCAUUAUCAGUCCGCUGGACGGUAUCAGCCUGUCACUUGUUCGGAACUGUCAACUUUUUGUUUUAACUGAUAGGCUAAUAUCGUCCGGCGGACUGAUAAUCAGUGGACCCCUUUAAGGUUUAAGUUACAGUGGCUAAGCAAAGUUCUACGUACCUGCGCUCCACCAGAAAGUGUCAUUCAUAUGGCUCACCGAGCAGUUCACCUAACAGGCUUGGACGACGCGAUUAGUGCCCUCUCUAGUUAUGAAGAUUAUUUAUACGGGUCUCGAGGUCAUAUUAUGCUGGUUCGCUCGAUCGCUGGAUGCACUUUGUGCUCUCGUCUCUUAAUAAGACCUAUCGCUCGCGCGUAAAUUUUGUAUGAAAAAGUCGGCACGCUUGGUUUCAAUACAAACCGUGCUAUUUGCGUUAUCUAGCGUAUAUAUUAAAUCUGUGGGUUUUCCUGUGUAACAUACCGCUGUUUAUACGUGGUGGCGCGACAAUCAAGUACGUAUCUACCUUUUUUAUGUUUUGUCACAUUGCAAUAGGCACAAAAAUUUAAGUAUUAUAACUAGGUAGGUAGGAACCUACUUUGAUUUCAUUAUCCAGACGUACGAUCUUAAAUGUUGACAGAUUAAUUACAUAAGUACCUACCUACUUGAUAUUUUUUAGAAAAAUAAUACAUUAGAAUAGGCGCCUAGUUGGCUUUAAAAACCUGGGGUGCACUAGAAAGAAUACUUUAGAAUUAGUGUGAUUUCAAAUCCGAUCUCAACCUUGAGACUGAUCAACGCUGUAUGUACAGU